AUGUCGGCUGCAUUAUUUCUGCUUGUCAUGCUGAUUGUGUACGGUGUGACGCAAGCCUACCGAAAACGACGCCAGCUGCAUCGAAUAGCGACGCACUUCAGCUACGCAGAACCGCACUGGCUGCUCGGUAAUGUGAUGGAAUAUCCGGCGAACGACAUACCCGGCAUCUUCGAGACGAUGGUCAAGCUGCACGAGCAGUACGGGCAGGACCUCUUCAACUGGGGCCUGCUGAACGACCACAUGAUCAUCGUCAGCAGUGCGACCAACGUCGAAAAGGUGGUCAUGGCGAAGAAGACCGAAAAAUCCUCCGUGUAUAACUUCAUCGAGCUAUGGCUAGGGCAGGGCCUGCUCAUCUCGAGCGGCGAGAAGUGGUUCCAUCGGCGGAAAAUUAUCACGCCCACGUUCCACUUCAAGAUACUGGAAAGUUUCGUGAGCGUGUUCAACCAGGAGGCGGAGAUACUGAUCGAGAAGUUACGCCAGCACGCCAACACUGGACGGGAGUUUGACAUCUACGAGCCGAUCUCGCUGUACGCGCUGGACAGCAUCUGCGUAACGUCCAUGGGGGUUGAGAUCGACGCGCAACGCCAUCCGGAGAACCAGUACGUGCGUGAUGUGAAGCGCAUGAGUGAACUGAUACUGCUAAGAAUUUUUCACGUGCUGUCUUCCUUCCCAAAAACCUACUGGUACACGAUGCCGAAUGCUUGGGAGCAGCGGAAGUUGAUACGGCGACUCCAUGCCUUCACCGACUCUGUGAUUCAAAAGCGUCGUCAACAGUUGGUGGAGAAAGAGUACAGUGUUGCUGAGGUUCAACAAGCGCGGGAGGACGAAAGCCUCUACACUAAGCGUAAGGAAACGUUGCUGGAUCUGCUGUUAAACGUCAGAGUUGACGGUAAUGCUCUAAGUGAUCUGGACAUACGUGAAGAGGUAGAUACCUUCAUGUUUGAGGGGCAUGACACAACUACCUCCGGAAUAGCGUUCACCUUCUAUCAACUUGCCAAACAUCCGGAGAUCCAGGAGAAGCUCUAUCAAGAGAUCCAAGAUGUACUUGGGGCGGAUUUCCGCACUGUUCCCCUCACGUACAGCACGCUCCAGAACUUCCCCUAUCUGGACAUGGUGGUGAAGGAGUCGCUACGUCUACUUCCGCCCGUUUCAUUCAUCGGUCGUCGACUGGUCGAGGACAUCGAGAUGAAUGGCGUUACGAUUCCGGCCGGAACUGACUUCACCAUCCCCAUCUACGUUAUUCACCGGAACCCGGCCAUCUACCCCGACCCGGAACGUUUCGAUCCGGAGCGCUUUUCCGACGAGAGCACACAGCGCCGCGGUCCGUACGACUACAUCCCGUUCAGCGUCGGUUCGCGGAAUUGCAUCGGCCAGCGAUAUGCGCUGUUGGAGAUGAAGGUAUCCAUCGUACGUAUGGUUUCCUUCUACCGCAUAUUGCCCGGUGACACCAUGCACGAGAUCCGUCUCAAGACGGACCUGGUACUGCGACCGGACAAAACAAUCCCUAUAAAGCUCGUAGCGCGUCCCUGA